UAUUCAAAUAUAAUCAUGGAGACGAAGGAAGCUCGGGUGCUUAUAAUAACGAUUAUAGCUAAGAUCUUGUGUCUUGCCGUGCUUGUUCACGCUGAUACAGACGAUGAGAUUGCAUAUCAGACGGGAGGUACUGAAACAACAAAAUUCGGGCAAGCAAAGUCUGUCAGGUAUCUACUAUAUGAUGUCAACCCAGGUGAGGGUUUCAACCUGCGACGUGAUGUGUACAUGAGGGUGACAACCCUCGUCCAAGAACUUAACAAAGAAGAGCCCUGGGUGCUGGUCCUGCCACCCUGGGGCAGGCUGUACCACUGGAAAUCCCCCGAUCUGGAACAGAUUAAGAUUCCCUGGUCAACGUUCUUUGAUCUUCCCAGUCUACGGCAGCAUGUUCCUGUUAUAGAGUUUGAAGAAUACCUCAAGUUGAGGGGAGAACCCGUGAUUGAUGAGGUGUACUAUCUACAGAGCUUUAAAGGUGGCUGGACAAAGUGGGAGGAAAAGAUGAACAUUACCGAGUGUAAUGACAGGACGGGAUACGUUCAGGAUGAAGAAGGCAGUUGGCACCACUGGUUCUUUGGAUAUGAAGAAGUGUAUGCUAAGAAAUUUGCCUGCUUAUCAUACAUGGGACAUGCCACAUUUAUAAAGCCAUUCUUGUUGAAGAACACUACAGGAAGGUGUGUAAUGCUCCCCCGGGCUGAAACCCUUAUACACGAUCACUUUGGGGACACUGGCUAUUGGAGAGCCAGAAGAAGCAUGGUUUUUGCCAAACAUUUGAGAGAUAUUGGUGACAAAUUCCGGCGGGAAUUUCUGGAUUCUACAGACGAAGAGGACGGAACAGUCCUAAAAGAUUGGACAGAUAUGCAGAGAAAGCAUGGGGAGGCACUGGGUGGCCCCUAUGUUGGAAUACACUUACGUAGGAUGGAUUACCUCUAUGCCAGGGAAGGCAAUCUCCCCUCCCUAAAGGGGGCUGCCAAGCAAGUGAAGAAAAUCCUCCAAAAGUAUGCCCUAGAAAAGGUCUUUGUAGCAACAGAUGCACCAAGUGAAGAGUUUGAAGAGUUCAAAAGCUAUUUUAAGAAAUCAAAGGUUUACCGAUUUAUUCCUUCAAAAGAAAUCAAAGAGAAAUAUAAAGAUGGAGGUGUAGCUAUCAUUGACCAAUGGAUAGCAGCACACAGCAGAUAUUUUAUUGGAAGUUACGAGUCCACGUUUUCUUUUCGGAUCCAAGAAGAACGAGAAAUAUUAGGAUUUGAUCACGAGACAACAUUUAAUAGAUUCUGUCCAGACGAUAAUUCUGACUGCGAGAGACCAUCACAAUGGAAGAUUGUGUAUUAGGGUUCUUUAGAUUUAUUCCAGAAAUCAAGCUAUAUGUUAUUGUUUGAAAUGUAUAUUUACAGAGUAUAUUUUUAUUACAGGAAAUGCUUUUAAUAAUGAUAGUUUUUAAUAAUAUUUACAUGUAGGUAAAUAUUAGGGAUGUAACCGACACUAGAACCAAAUUAAAUCUCAUCAGUGAAACGACAAACCACUGACAUUUUGGUAUCAUUAUGAAGGACUCUAUGACAGGAGAGUUUUUGUGAGUGAGGGUAUUUUCUUCUGAUUAGAUAUUGCUCAUUAAUGUUUGCAUUGAGGCUAAUGGGAACAAUUAAUUCUCGAUUUUCAUAGAUAGAUGUGUGGUAAAGAUGACUUGAUGAAAGCUCAUGGUAAAGACGCAUUAAGCUUCUAGGAAUAAGGUUUUAUGAACUUGAUGAAGAUUCAAAGUACAGUUCACAUUGUAAUACAGGGGAGAUAACUCAUGAUAGAACAUAUAAGGUACCAAUUGUGUAUUAUGAAGGUACAUGUAUCAAGGGUCAAAUACCUUUAAAGGUCAUAUGAUUUGAAUCUCAGGAAUGUCUGUGUAUAAUAUACACAUACAAUUUAAUCCAUACUUUUGAAAUCCAUUAUUAUGGAAGAAUUUGAGGUAAUUUUGUUGCGAGACCUUAAUUUAAUUUUUUUUGUUUUGCAUAUUUUACUUGUAUGUACAAAGGAUUAUUUGAAGUUAGUAAAUUAAUUACAUGAGAUAUAUUUUUUAAUUACAUGUACAUGUGGUAUUCCAUACUUUAAAAAAGACAGCUAAUAUUCAACUAUGCAAAACUGUCAGUGUCAUGAAUGUUAUAGUCAGUUUGUAAUUUUUGUCGCUUGGGUGUAAUUGUAAAUGAAUGUGUGAAAGGUAAGGGGGUACAUUCCAGUGGUGUACAACUAAACAGCUUACAGCUACAGGUGUGCAAUCUCUGUACCUGUCGUUGUACAUACAUAAUGUAUAUCUAUGGAUUUCACUGCCAAAACUUGUCAGCUCAUGUUCUUUAGAAAUUUAUUAUAAAAAUUGUUUUCAUAUUUAAAUUACAUAUACAACAAGUAAAACUGUCAUGACAUACAUAUGUAUGUGGAGAAAAGGGUAUAUUUUACAAUGUAUUUAUACAUGGGUUGUCAAAACAUAAGCCUUCUAGAUCUCAAUUCUACCCUCUGGUAUCUAGUUUUACCAGUUCCUUGUUAUAUACAUGUAUUAUGUCUUGGUUUGUUGACUGAAGAUACAGGGUUCAUUUAAUUCAUGUUCCUGUUCAUUAUAUAAGAUGUGUAUUUCCUAUUUGUCACUUUUUUUGGGGUCACAAAUUUCUUAUGAUAGAACUGCCAUUUAAUUUGUGUAAAGAAUUGUCAAGCAAAUUGUCAGUGAGCUUAUUUGGUUGGGUGUUAUGUAUUAAUGCAAUCAAAAACAUGGAAAUUAGAAAUAGAAUGAGUGAACUUGU